AUAACGUUGAGGGUCGAAAAGGUCAGCCACCAGGUGGCCAGCAUGGCGUCCCUAGACGAUUUCUUCGCUAAGAAGGACAAACGGAAAAAGGGGAAGUCGAAGCAGAAUUUUGUAACAAGCGAGUUGCUCGCUAAGACUAUAGAGGUGCGUGUGUGUUUGUCCUAUCAGGAGCAGUCAGCAGCCCCGAACACGUCAGCCGAGGCAGAGAACAAGGCCAAGAUUGACCUCCCUGCAGCACCCACUCAGGAAGAUGAGUGGAAGGAAGAGGAGGAGGUAGUGAAAGAUUUUGAAGGCUUGCGAGUCCAGAAACUGGACAAAGAAGAAGGUGAAGUGGUAGAGAGGGUGCAGGUGGUUACAGAGUUUGAGGAGAAUUUUGUGGAGGGAGAGGGUGUGGUGAAGGAGGCCUCUCCCUGGCAACCCGUCACCACGCCUCAACCACCAGAUGCUCUGUUGGAGGAAGCUCCCCAACCAGAACCAGAACCUGAAAAACUGGCUGAAAAACUUCCCAACGUUCAGAAAGACGUCUAUGUGCCUCCGGGGGCACGUGGAGGAGGAGGGGGAGGGGGGAGGGAGGGAGGGACAUACGUCCCGCCCCACAUGAAGAGGGCGGCGGCCGGAGGAGGCGGGGCCUACGUUCCUCCUGGGAUGAGACGAAGUGGGAUGGGAGGGGCGAGGGGUAACAGAGCCCCUCCCGAUCUCAAGAGCAACGUGGCCUUUCCCAGUCUUCACGACAUGGCCAAGAAAGGGGAGGGAAGACGCUCCGUACUAAAUCAGUUAAUGUAUCCGGUGGUGCACUCGCACAGUUCAACGGAGAAAGGAGAGGAUUUCAAGGAAGCUCAGGGACCAAAGACAUCUCGUGCAUCAGACGCCAACUAUCGAGUGCCUGGCCUCGAACUCACCAACAAGUUCAGUGGCUUAGAAGAUGACUGACUUCACCAACUGCCCAUUAAUACCUUUAUCUGCAUAUUAUUAU